AUGAGUCUACGUCAAGUAGCUGUCAAGGCUAGUCGAGCUCGCUUUGCGAGUCAUUUCCCAUGGAUGACUUCACCAUUUAUCGUUGGUGCACCGAUGCGCGUCAUGUCAGGACCACACCUCGCUUUUGAGAUCUCAAAAGCUGGGGGUCUGGGGUUCAUUGGUCCUGGGGCAAAGCCUGAAGACACAUCUAGAGACCUCGCUACGGUGCGUGAAUUACUACGCAGUUCACCUUCCACAGCACUGCCAUCCACAUUUCCAUCAGACUUUCUCCCCGUCGGCGUUGGCUUCCAGUUAUGGAACGGGGAUUUACGUUCGGCCGUUCAAGCUGUUAGGGAACAUAAACCUUGCGCCGCGUGGUUAUUUGCGCCUCGUCAGGGCCAAGAGGAGUUAGACGAGUGGACUUUUCAGAUACGGGAAGCUUACCCUGACAUCCAAGUCUGGAUCCAAAUCGGUACUGUGCAAGAAAGUGUUGAAAUUACUAUGAGUGGACAUCACCCUGAUGCUCUUGUGGUCCAAGGUGCAGAAGCAGGUGGUCACGGUCGAGCGACAGACGGUCUAGGCAUAAUGGCCUUAUUCCCUGAAAUCGCAGACCAAGUCCAAGACUGCGACAUAUCUCUUUUCGCGGCAGGAGGCAUCGCAGACGGUCGUGGCGUCACAGCAGCUCUCUCCCUCGGCGCAACAGGCGCAGUAAUGGGCACACGCUUCCUAGCCGCCACCGAAGCCCGCAUUAGUAAGGGCUACCAACAAGAAGUCGUGCGUGCCACAGACGGAGCGAAGUGUACAACAAGAACCAUGCUUUACAACCACCUUCGCGGCACGAUGGGUUGGCCGGAGCAGUAUAGUCCUCGUGGAAUUGUUAACCGGAGUUUUCAUGAUCAUCAGGCAGGAGUUGAUUUUGAGGAGCUUAAAAGGAGGCAUGAUGAGGCUGUGAAGUCUGGAGAUGAGGGCUGGGGACCGGAGGGAAGGUUGGCGACGUAUGCAGGUGCGGCGGUUGGGCUUGUGCAUGACGUGCGUGAUGCUGGGGAUAUUGUAAGGGAAGUGCAGAGUGAGGCCAAAGAGAUUAUAGCGGAUCUUUUGAGAGACUCUACGUAG